AUGACCUCUGACCUCCAGGCUCAGCGCCAUGGGCUCAGGGCUCGGACCCCCCCGCGGCCCGACAUGGAGCCCGGCGCCGGCCCCCGAUACCUGGCGGGGACCCUGAGCCGCGUACCCCCCAUGCCCGCCAUGCUGCGGGCGCCGCCGGCCAUGAUCCAGCCACACCUGGACCUCAAGCACUUCCUGUCCUUCCCCGUGGAGGCCCCUGCGCCCGCCGGCAUCUUCCCCACUUUUGGCACGGUAAGGCCCCGCCAGGCACUGCCCGGCGCCCCCGAGCGAACCUUUCACUGCGAGAUCUGCAACGUCAAGGUCAACUCGGAGGUGCAGCUCAAGCAGCAUAUCUCCAGUCGGCGGCACCGGGACGGCGUGGCCGGGAAGCCCAACCCCCUGUUGAGCCGGCACAAGAAGCUGCGUGGCCCCGAGCUGGCGGCCCCGCUGGCCUUCCCCAAGGAGCUGCCCAAGGCGCUGGCGGCCGGGUUGCUGCCCAAUCCGCUGGCGGCUGCCAUGGCGAUGGCGGCGGCGGCCUCGGCCCCCCUGGCGCUGCGCCCCGCCCCCGCUGCGCCGCUGUUGCAGGGCCCCCCCCUUACGCACCCCCUGCUGCGCCCAGCGCCCGGCCCCAUCCGCACGGCCCAUGGGCCCAUCCUCUUCUCGCCCUACUGAUGGGCGCCCCAGCAACCGGCGCCCGGCAACCAUGCGGUGACCACCCGGCAACCGGCCCCCAGCAGCUGCCCGGCAACCCACCCCGGCGACCGCCUGGCAACUGGUGCCUGGCAACCAGCCCCAGCAACCACCUAGCAACCAGCCCCCAGCAACUGGUGCUCGGCGACCGGCGCCGGCAACCACCCAGCAACCAGACCCCGGCAACUGGUGCCCGGCAACCCAUCCCGACGACUGCCCAACAACUGGUGCCCGGCGACCAGCACCCGGCAACCACCCAGCACCCGGUCCCCCAGCAGCUGCCUAGCAAUC